AUGCCAAUUGUCGACUUUGUUCUAAGGCAUGAGACAGAUUUAGCAGGCCCCCCCGCCCCUCCCCGCCUCCCCCCACCGCGCUCGCCCAGCCGCCGCGGCAGCCGCCUCGCCCGCCUCUCCCUUACCUUCGCCGGCGUCCUGUCCCGCUGCUGGGUCGGAGAGGCGGGAUGGCGGGGGGCCGGGCCGGGCCCGCGGCGCCCGAGGAGGGGGACGGAGGCGGCCGGGGGGCUAUACGGCGGCGGCGGCGGCUCUGUGGCCGGGCAGUGUGGAACAUUGAGAGCCGGAGCAGGGGGGGACGGGGGGAGGCGCGGUGCGGCCCCGCGACCGGCGGGUGGCGCUGGCGGGCCCCGCUCUGCGGCGCGGGCUCCCGCGGCGGGCCGGGGGGCCGGGGCGGGGGGCGGCGGGCGCGCGCCGGCGGGGGCGGGGGAGGGGGGGCGCCGGCCGCCUCCGGCCUCCUCCCGCCCCCGCCCGCCGCGGCGCCGCCGGCGGAGCUCCCGGCGCGGGGACGGAGCGGGGGGGGGGGGGAGCGAGGGGGAGGGGAGAGGGGGCGCUCGCGGUCGCCGGAGCGCGCGCAGGCGCUCUCCCGCCGCGGCACGGGGCGCGCGUGCUCCGGGCCGGGCAAGGACAAAGCGGCGGCGCGGGGGGGGGGGAGCCCUCGACGGCCGCUCGCACCGGCCCGUGCCCGCCCGCUCCCCACACCUCCACCCCCUCCCGCCGCAGCCGGUGGCCGGGCCUGGGUCCGCGUCCCGAUGGGCUGCCGCUUCCAGCCCGCCGGCCCUGCGGGCACCGCCAGGCCAGUACCUGCCGCCGGCUGCACCCGCUGUGUGCCGCGUGGCCUCUGCAGCUCCCGCCUCGCACCUCGCCUCGUGCCUCGCGCCCCGCGCCCGUGUCGGAGUAGGGACAGGCGCGGGUCAGCGGCGCAGGAGUGGGAGCGGUGGUGGUUCUGCACCCGCCAUUGUCGCCCUCUCGCAUUCACCUCCAAAACAUCUCCACUCCGGGCACGUCUUCACACGUGGGAGCUGGAGAAGCUGGGUGCCUGGCGCGGUGUCUCUGCGGGAGCCCAAGCCAUGGAGCGGCAGCCCUGGGGGUCCCGCCAGCCGCGGCCUACGCAGGGUGAAAAUUAACACAGGCGUCCAAAACCGAAAAGUGUUCAAAGAGUGUGCAUCUGCAGAAUGAAAUGCUUGCCGCUGCCUCCUGGACCACUGCCAGCUGUCCUGAUGUCAACCGGCAAAAGACAAAACCAACCCAGCAAUAAAAAAACUCACUAAGAAGCAAUGCUCUGCAGCCUUAGCAGGCAAGCGCAUCCUCCCUUUCUUCAGAA